AAGUUGGCCGUUUGCUUUGUCGUCUUCGUUCAGGCGCCCAACGCUAAACUAAACUUUAUAUGCUCGUGUUGUGAAGUAAGCGAAGAAAGGCAGAGAGACAGACGGCAAUGGAGUCUCCCUUCAAGGCUGACAUACUGAAGGGGAAGGUGGCGCUGUUGACAGGGGGAGCGUCAGGAAUCGGGUAUGAGAUAUCGCAUCAACUGGGGAAACAUGGAGCCUCUAUUGCCAUCAUGGGCCGCCGCAGCCACGUCCUUGAAGCUGCCGUUGACUCCCUUCAAUCUCAUGGAAUUCCUGCUAUUGGACUAGAGGGAGAUGUUCGCAAAAGAGAAGACGCAGUUAGAGUUCUGGAAUCAACUAUUAAGCAUUUUGGCAGGCUUGACAUUCUUGUGAAUUCUGCAGCUGGAAAUUUCCUUGCAGCAGCAGAGGAUCUAUCUCCUAAUGGCUUCCGGACAGUAAUAGACAUAGAUUCUGUUGGCACUUUUACAAUGUGCCAUGAAGCACUCAAGUACCUCAAGAAAGGGGGACCAGGGAAAGACAUCUCUGACUCUAAUGGUGGAACAAUCAUAAAUAUAAGUGCAACUUUGCAUUAUACAGCUACUUGGUAUCAAAUUCAUGUAUCUGCUGCCAAGGCAGCAGUUGAUAGCAUUACGAGAAGCUUAGCAUUGGAGUGGGGAACAGAUUACAACAUUAGAGUCAAUGGGGUUGCACCAGGACCCAUUGAAGACACUGCUGGUGCUAGUAAACUAGCACCUAAGGAAAUAAUUAGCAGUAGACAGCACAUGCCUUUAUUUAAACUGGGGGAGAAAUGGGAUAUUGCUAUGGCUGCUCUCUAUCUUGCAUCUGAUGCCGGGAAAUAUAUCAAUGGAACAACAUUGGUGGUCGAUGGAGGACAAUGGCUGAGCCAACCCCGCUAUCUGCCCAAAGAGGCGGUGAAGCAGGUGUCUAGAGCGGUGGAAAGGAGGUCCAGAGCUACACCAACUGGGGUUCCUAAGAGCAAGCUAUAACAGUUCAAUUUGAUCAUAAAUUUCAAUAUUAAUUUCCUAAGAGCAGUGUCAUUUCUUUCAGUUCAAUUUGAACACUAAAAUACUUUUUUUCUUUUCAAAAAAAAAAAAAAUCUAAUUAACAAUAAAAUACUCUUUUAAUUUUUAA